AUGGCAUACUUUCAUUUUGAUAGUUUUGAUGUAUCUCGUGCAAGUCGUAUGGUCCAAAUUCCAAAUGAUCCUAUUGCAAAAUUAAUGUAUUAUUUGGAUAUUGUAUGUACUUUGGUUGAGUACAAGGAUCAUAGUCUUGAUCGAUUACGUAAUUAUUCCAACUAUAAGAAUUUAUCUGAUAAUGAAGUACGUGUAUUAUAUAUUACAUGUGCUGCAUUAGAUCCUGAUGAACUUAUUGGUAAAGUUAUGUUUGAAGAUGAAGAUGGUGAUGUAAUUGGUGCAUCACUUAAUCGUAUUUAUGAUGUGUCACAAGUUCGUCAUAAACUGCUUGUAGUCAAUUCAAUAUUUAUUGCUGGACGUAAUCGAGAUGUUCAGAAAGUUAUGUUUUAUAGACCAGAAUGGCUCAAAACCUAUUAUAUUCAACCUAUGCUAACAUUUACUGUUGCAAUUGAACAACAAAAACGACGACAAGCCAUCAAUGAUUUACUAGACUUUUUCAUAAAUUAA